AUGCUUGACCUCAGGGCAUUUUCUUUAUUUAUCGCAACCGCGUUCUUCGCUUCCCCAGCUCUCUCAGCAUCUUCGCAAGCUUACAAUUGGCAGAAUGUCAAAAUUGGCGGUGGUGGUGGCUUUGUCCCUGGCAUUGUCUUCAACCCGUCUGAGAAGGGCUUAGCCUAUGCUCGAACCGACAUUGGAGGGGCAUAUAAGCUCAACUCUGAUGAUACCUGGACUCCCCUGCUGGACUUUGUGGACGACGCAAGAUGGGACUACUGGGGUGUUGAUGCCCUGGCUACAGAUCCCGUUGAGACUAAUCGCCUUUAUCUGGCGACUGGAAUGUAUACCAACUCCUGGGAUCCCAACAACGGCCAUAUACUAAUAUCGACUGAUUAUGGAUCGACUUUCACGGCCUCUAGUCUUCCGUUCAAAGUCGGCGGAAAUAUGCCUGGCCGCGGAAUGGGGGAGCGUCUGGUUGUUGACCCAAACAACAACGCCAUUCUUUUCUUCGGCGCGAGAAGCGGAAAUGGGCUAUAUAAAUCUACUAAUUACGGCUCUACUUGGUCUAAAGUUAGUAGUCUGCCUAGUGCAGGGACCUAUGUCCCUGACCCUACCGACACUACCGGCUACAACUCUGAUAUAAUAGGUAUUUCUUGGGUUACCUUCGAUUCGACGUCAGGAUCUUCUGGUUUCGCUACCCCGCGGAUCUUUGUGGGCGUCGCGAAUCAAGGUUCCAGCAACAUUUUUGUCUCUGAAAAUGGUGGAAGCACCUGGUCUGCCGUGGCUGGACAAAAUACUACCUAUAUUCCUCACAAGGGCGUUCUCUCACCGGACGAACAUGUCCUUUACAUCAGUUAUAGCAAUGGUGCGGGCCCAUAUGAUGGUACUCUUGGGAGCGUUUACAAGUACAACAUCUCCGCUUCCACUUGGACAGAUAUAACGCCUGUCUCAGGGUCAGACUUAUAUUUUGGAUUCGGUGGUCUUAGCGUCGACCUUCAAAAACCUGGUACCCUUAUGGUCGCAGCGCUGAAUUCGUGGUGGCCGGACGGGCAGAUUUAUCGGUCAACGGAUAGUGGGGCGACUUGGUCCCCUUUCUGGGCAUGGAAUGGGUAUCCGAACAUUGACAAGUACUACACCUAUUCCGACAGUCUUGCCCCAUGGCUUGGGCCUAAUUAUGUGGACACCGUUCUCGGUGACCUGCAGAUUGGGUGGAUGAUGGAAUCUCUCAGCAUUGACCCGUUCGAUUCUGAUCAUUUCCUGUACGGUACUGGCGCGACCAUAUAUGGUAGUCACGAUUUGACCAAGUGGGAUACUACCCACAACAUUACUCUCGAGUCAUUAGCAGACCGUAUCGAAGAGACGUCUGUCCAAGGACUGAUUUCACCACCGAGUGGCCCUCACUUACUGUCUGCUGUCGGAGACAUUGAGGGCUUCGUUCAUAAUAACUUGAAUGUAGCACCGAGCAACUAUUACACAAAUCCGACAUGGACCACGACCGCUGACAUUGAUUAUGCCGGUAAUAACCCCACUAAUAUUGUCCGCAUCGGUACGGGUCUUCGUAGCACUACGGGCAAGCAGGUUGCCAUCUCGACCGAUUCUGGCGCCACCUGGUCUCAGGAUUAUGGUGCUGCCGACAAUGUAUCAGGCGGUAAAGUAGCAUUUUCCGCGGACGGCGAUACCGUUCUCUGGCGUACGAGUUCAAACGGUGUCCAAGUCUCCCAGUAUACGAACAAUUUUACCGCGGUGUCCUCUCUUCCGUCGACCGCUGUAAUAGCGUCGGACAAGCUGAACAACUCUAUAUUCUACGGGGCUGCUUCUUCGUCUUUCUAUCUAUCAACUGACGGCGGCAAGACUUUCUCAGCAAAGGGAUCUUUAGGCUCCUCUACCUCCCCAGUAAAGAUUGCCGUCAACCCCAAUGUUACGGGCGAUGUGUGGGUCUCCACCGACAGUGGACUAUUUCAUUCUUCCAACCUGGGAUCAUCAUUUUCUGCGAUUUCCGGUAUAUCACAAGCAUGGGCAAUUGCUCUGGGCGCUCCAGCUUCUACUGGUGGCUAUCCUGCUGUGUUCGCUGCUGCCAACUAUGGAGGAAUUGGGUAUUUCAGGUCCGACGACGCCGGUGUAAGCUGGGUACAAAUCAACGAUGCUAGUCAUGGGUUUGGUUCUACCUCAGCGAAUUGUCUUGCAGCUGAUCCUCGUAUUUACGGACGAGUGUACAUCGGCACAAAUGGUCGGGGGAUAUUCUAUGGCGAUGCAUCCGGCACUGUUUCCUCUCCGACAGCUACGGCAUCCACCACGACGGCUAUUUCAACGUCGACGACUGCCACAAAACCAGUUACUACAGCAAGUACAAGUACAACAUCAGCCAGUACUCCAACGACGACGUCAGUCUCUGGGGUUUAUGAGGAGUGUGGUGGUAUUUAUUGGACAGGUCCUACUGCGUGUAUUUCAGGUUAUACUUGCACAUAUAUCAACGACUACUAUUCACAAUGCCUUCCUUCAUGA